UUUAGUCUAGAAUUUAAUCUGUAAGCGAAUUCUUUGUAAACAGAAAUAUUCUUACUCUCUGAAUGGCAUACGUUUCAUAAGAUUGAGCAAUAUGAAAACAAACUUCUUAUCUCGCAAACAUUAAAACAAGGUAUUGAAACGGGAGUGGCAAAAUGAAUGAGUUAAUGGAAGCUUACUCUUGGAAUUAAAAACAAGAAAGAACAAACAGCAGGAAAGUUUCAAGUAAAAUAAGAACAAAUUAUUUUCUCGCUGGGGUCCAUGGUAAAAUGCCGGAAGGUCAUAUGGAAACGCCGGAAGAGUUUUAAGAGAGGAACAAGUGAAAUUCCACCCUUUUUUGCUAGCUAAGAAAAUGGACACUUUCAACAAGAAGCUGCGUUUCUUGACAAGAAACCAAUCGUGGACAAGUACACAUAUCGAAAUUUUUUAUACGACCGAUUGAAAUUAGCUUAGACCUCCCUUAGCACAAUGGGAAGCACUUCAUCGAAGUUCAAAAAAUACCUUCAACAUGGUGAUGAAUUUGCCGCUAUGCAAAUUUAUCAAAGUUCACCCGAACUCCGCAAGAACCUGGACCCUAAUUUAAGUUACGGAGAAAACCAUAACCACAACACCGCGCUACAUUAUGCUGCCAAACAUGGAAUGAAACAUCUUUUAAGAACGUUUCUAAAUGACUUAGGUGGUAACCCCAAUAAGAAAAAUGGUUUAAACGAGUCGGUCUUGCACAGCGCUUGCCAGCUGAACCAAACGAAGAGUUUUAGCGCUCAAGAAAGACGAGCUGCUUGUGUUCAACUUCUCCUCUACUGGAAAGGCGUUCCUCUGGCAAACGGAGGUAGAGAACGAGUGGAUUUGAGUUCUCAAGAUAAAGAGGGUAACACGGCUCUCCACUGGGCAGCCUCGACAGGUCUAAAACGCUGUGUCGAGCUUCUGCUAGCUCAUGGAGCACCCCUUUUUAUCGAAAACAACGACAAGCUAACUCCAUGCGACCUAGCAAUGAGAGGAUCACACCAUGACAUUGCUAGAUUGCUAGAAAGCCGGAUGGUUUUUGCUGACAACGCCGAUUUGGUGAACGAAGAUGAAAUUAUCACGGAACAAGAGGAAGUUUAUAGCGGAUUAAGAAGUCAAGACUUGCAGGAAGCUAAAGACCAGUUACUUGUUGACACUUCCGACAUGCUUAAGAUUCCUUUAUUUACAGCUGAAGCUCUAUUGAGAAAUAAUGAAUGGUCUCGCGAACUUCUGCUGGAAAAGUGGAUGAAGGAUCCGGUGGAAUGCUGUCAGUUAGCGGGUGUUCAAGCUCCUUCUUCGGUUCUGAAGCAUGCAGGUUCUUUGGAGUCCAGCAUCUCGGCCGAAACUAGUGACGAGAUCAAUGAAAUUAUGGUACGGAAGUGCGAAAUUUGCCUAUCGACCAUUUCAAACUGGGAACAGCCAGUGAAAAUGUCCUGUAAACAUUCUUUUUGCAAAACGUGUUGGGAAAGCUACCUCACUACCAAAAUUCAAGAUGGCGACGCCCAUCACAUAUUGUGUCCAGCUUAUCAGUGCCAUAUAUUGGUUCCUGUGGAACUUAUAGAAAAAUUAGUAAGUCCCGAUAUGGCGAGGCGAUAUUUGCAGUUUGACAUUAAGGCCUUUGUCGAAAGCAAUAAAAGCAUUAAAUGGUGUCCCAUUGCCGGUUGCGGGAGAGCGGUACGGCUACCGGAAGCCGAACAAACCGGAAACCGUAUCAACAAUAAAUCAGUGCCGGUUACCUCCCACGCCGUAGAUUGUGGAAAUGCGCAUUUUUUUUGUUGGGAAUGUUUGGGGGAAGCCCAUGCACCUUGCGGUUGCAAACAGUGGCAAGAAUGGCAAAUUAAAAUUGCGGAAAUCAAACCAGAAGAGCUUAAAGCUUCGUGCAGCGGAAGCGAAGACGCUGCCAACUGCCUCUGGCUUGUUACCAAUUCUAAACCCUGUCCAAACUGCAAAAGCCCUAUACAAAAAAACGAAGGCUGCAACCACAUGAAGUGUUCCAAAUGUAAAUUCGAUUUUUGCUGGGUGUGUCAGGAAUCGUGGAAGAGACACAGUUCUGCAACCGGGGGUUAUUUCCGCUGCAAUCGCUUCGAGGCUGUCCACAAAGCAGACGAGAAACAAGGAAAUUUAAUUUCCGAAGCUCUAGACAGGAAUAAUCAAAUGCAAGAAAUGUCCCGGUUUUUGCAUUUUUAUACUCGUUUUAAAAACCACGAGAACAGCCAGAAAUUAGAAGAGCCGCUGCUAACCAGCGUACGUCAAAAGAGAGAAGUCCUCGCCUCCAGCCUGGGAUUAAAGGGCACAGAAGAUUCCGGAGAAAAAGGGACGAAAUUUAUCGAAGACGGUGUAAGGGAAUUAUUAAAAGCGCGAAGAGUUUUAUGCGGUUCUUACGUUUACGGUUAUUACUUGGAGGAUGACGGUUAUAACAAAACCAUCUUCGAAUUUAUGCAGAACGAACUCGAAGAAGUGACCGAAAAAUUAAGCGAGAUGAUAGCUCGCCCCUAUCUACGCACUCCGAAAGCCGUGAUCGUCCAAACCACCGCCUUGGCGAGGAGAAAAAGACACGAAUUCGUGAGAGCGGUAGCUCAAGGCUUGAUUCCACCAGAAACGCCGCCCACUCAAAGGAAGCGGAAACGAAAGUAUCUAGACACUGAUUUAACGCAAACGAGUGCCUGGUUGCGUGAUUGUGAAUGGCCUGAAUACGAUUCCGAUGAAGAUAAUGAAAUAAGUUUCAAACAAUUUUCUGGAGGCUCUCCAAAUUCCAAGGAUCAUCAGUGCGGCUUUUUGUGCAGCAGACACGGAUGCGGCCGUUCUGAUUAUAACAUGGAACUCAUAAUAGCGCUAGAAAUGUCGAGACUUCAAAUGAUCGAAGAUAGAAUGAAACAGGCUCAAGCUAAUGCGAUCACUCCGGACCCUAGUUCGAGUAUUUCGAAUAAUAGUAACGAAAGUGCCGACGAUCAACUGAAAUUGGCAAUUCAGUUAAGUUUGCAGGAAUCGGGAACGACAGAAGACGCAGUGCAGAAUCAGCCUUACCAAAAGAGCAGCGCUGAUUUAACUGUGGAUUAUUUCCUGAAAUCUCUGGCUAAUCACAAGAUCGAUCUGAAAACUCUCGACGUUAACAAGUUGAGUACUGAGACGGACAGAGAGCUGUUUUUCAGGCCUUGCAACGGUAACGAAGACGGGAGGUUCCAGAUUUCGGAUAUUCACGAAAAAGGGUUCGCCUUUGAAGAUGUCGACGAUUAUGAUGACGCCGAUGUGGGUUUGAAAAGGUCACACUCGACCGGCGACCUUUGUGUGCGUAGAAGCGGAAGAGGGACUAGGGUACGGAUGAACGGCGACGAGCCUCGUUAUCAUCUGGACUCAGACCACAGCAGUCAACACGAUGAUAAACCUGAAGAUCUAGCCAGAAAGAUUCUAGCUUUACCGUCAACGUCGGUGCGCACAAAACAAUUUCUUCUGCUUCACCACACGUACCCGGAGGAGGAGUCUUACCAGGGGCAGAGUUCGAUAGAAGACACCACGACGUCCGAUUCGAUCAACGCGGAUAUGGAAGUGUGCGGUAUUUUGAGCUCCGUCACUGACGAGGACAUAGGCAAAAGUUACACCGAAGACGAAGAGAUAAAGAAGACUGAGGUUACGAAAAUCGUCGAAUGUAAAAAACAAACACACAAUCCGUUUGCCUCGUUGAAAGCAAAACUGUGUUCAGCACACCUGCCUAAAACUAGUUACUUGACGAGAAUCGCGGUAAAUAAAAGUAUCGGUCUUCUCAGCAACAGCGAACACAAAGUCAAAAAGAACUGUGAUAUACCUAAAGACGAAAGGUGCAAAAGCGAGAAACACAGUCCCAAGAGCAUUAAACAUCAGAAGUGUUGCCGCGACGGUAGCUUCUCCAGGUCCACCGGGUUCCUUCUGGAGGACCAGCGCAAGAGCUGCAAUUUGCGGAUCAAGAUUUGCAACAGUCCUGAUUCCAAGUGCCGCAAAAGUCACAUGCUAGAAACAGACAGUUCGAACGAGUACGAAUCGGAGACUGGCAUCCCCAAGUCACCUACGUUGUUCAUAUCGGGAGUGUCCAUCUCCCGAACGCCAGAACCAAAAUCACCCGGGAUGAUCUUGAUAUCGGGUGGUAGACAAUCGAGGUCGUCUAGUUUAAGUGUACCUGUGCCUCUAACUUCGUGUUCUUUAAACAUUUCUAGUACUAGUCUAAACAAUACUCUGCCGCCGGAACCAUUCACGCCAUCUUUGGUCCGUUCGACAACCCCAGCCAAUUCGCGUUCGAACAUCCCCAGCCCCUCAAACUCGAGCCCCAAAAAGGAAAACAAUGCCAAAGCGAAGAGCGCCAACGAACCGGAAAGAGAACGAGAGAUGUUCAGGUUUCCCAAGUCUUCGACGGACGGUGCUCUGAGUUCGGUUUUGCACAUACAAGAAUCAAAUCUGAGCUCGGACGAUUUCCACGAAGCACUGUUCUUGUUGGAAAGGUCCCCGAAAACUAGAGACUCGAAGAGACGAAAAAAGUCGAAAAAGAAUAAAGAGAAGGACGACAAAAAAGAAGACGUUAGCUCCGUUUUGUAACUAUGUAAGACUGUUUCGUUGUUAUUGUUGUUCAAAACGUAUCGAAAAUGCGUUUUUGUGAUAAGUAGCCAUGUAAGUUUUCUGUGCUAAAAUUUAAGUGACCAACACGACACGCACUGGACAAAUUUAGCUGUUAAAUGAUUAUAUAAAGCGUUGUUUAUUUUUGUGUUUAAACUAAAAUUUUGUGUUGGUAAAACGUGGUAUUCUUGAAGGAUUUUUUGAUACGUAAGUAUAAAUAUUUUUUUAUUUCAAAAACUAGGCGGUAAUAGAGGUUAAGUUAUGAAUCGGGUACAUGCAUUAAUGUGUUACAGUUGUGUUAAUAACUUCUUGGAUAUCUUCGAAAAGCUGAGUAGAUUCCAAAAAUAUACAAAUUUCCUUAUUUGAGAAAAACAAGAUAAAAGCAAUACAACAUCUUUGAAAAGUGCAUAAUCAAAAAGUAAAUCGUGUAAUAAUAUGAUGAAAAUGAAUGUUUUAUAAAAUAAUUUUUGUAAAAAAUCCAUAUUUGGAAUAAAGACUUGCUUUACCGUUGUGUACAUUUUAAAAUGUUUCUUUGGUUGUAAAUCUUCCAAAUAAUAAUGUUGACAUAACUUUUCCUCUAUUUUCCGUUGUGGUCACAAAUUCAAAAACGUAUUCUCUUCUCGUACAAGCCCUCGGUCAGCUGAAGGAUCUAAUUUAAGGUACUUCCAAAUAAUUCAUUUUUACCCAAGAAUAUUCCGUUCGAGUAAGCACUGCUUCUUGGAUCUCGUAAUGUAUAUGUGUCGCUGUCCUCCAACUAUAACUCUUGUUCAAAAAAAUUUCCUUCUAGUUAUGUUGAUUUUUACCCUAAACUGUGUUCGCCUUCAACAACAGACUGACGAUUUGUGAAUACUUUUUUGAACCAAACGGUGUACCCUACUAACGUUGAAAUUUUUUACGAGUUGUUUUGCUUAUCGAUUUGUAGAAAAAUCAUAUCAACAAAAGAAAUUCGUUGACGAAUGAAUUGAACAACUCCUAAAUUAAACUGUCGUUUGGCAUAAGUAAACACUUGUAAUAUUUUUUGUAGAAAGUUUUUAUAAAAUUUUAUAUAAACACAAAUUUCCUAGAUGUCAUUAUAAUUUAUAAAAUUUAGGCCUAAAAUUUAUUUUUGACUGACUAAAAAAUAUAGUAUUAAAAUAAUAGUGAUAUUUUCACAUUUGAAACUAAACCAAUUUAUAGUCUAUUGAUUUACAUUCAAGAUUUAACUCUUCCUAAACUUGCCGUUAUUUACAUGAAGAAAUAAAAAGGCAAGACGUCGAUAAUACCCCUUCAUACUUAGACUGAAUUUUAAUUUACGUACUCGUAUUUAAGUCAUUUUAGUCGAACUAGUUUUUUAAUUUUUAUGUACAAAAAUUAUUUUCUUAUGAUAAUUUACUACUAUAUUCUAUAACAUUUGCAUUGAUAUGUACGCACAAUAUCUAAUUUGAUUCUUAUAAUAAAAUUGCCAAUUAAUCAGAAAAUGUAACACAUCAAUAAAUUCUCUCGCGCGAUUGAUUCAAUUUUGCCCACAAUACCGAAAUUUGAAUCACCUUUUUUUCCAAAAAUCAGACAAUAGAUUCCGUGUAAAGCUUCCGGAGAAAUUUACUGGUGUGUAAUAUUUUUACCAUGAAAUGUAGAAUUAUUAAAAACAUGUAAUGUUGAAUGUUCUAUACCCAUAAAGUAGUUGUUAGAUGAAACCUUGUACUGAUUGUGAUUUUUUUAGCAAAUAAUAAAUAAACCAUUUCUGAAA